GCGCUGGGUCAGUACGUGGCUGAAAACCAAAACAGUGCAGCAGCAGAAACAGGAGGAGUGCAGGAGAGAAAGAGAAACAGACAGGAAGAGGUCAGCAAUGUGGAGUGAGUCUGAUUCGGACAGGAGAGCUUCUGUGUACAUGUGCACGAAAGAGGAGAAUGCAUAAAUUAUCACUCGGAUUCCUGUGAUUUGCUUUUAGCUUGUUGCUCUGGGUUACAGUGACUCAGCUAGCUCGCGCUGGAGCAUCUGUAUACAUGUUGCUGUUAUCGCGGUGACACGUUUGUCAUCAUCUCUGAUUAUCACACACACAGUGAAGAUGGCAGAUAUGGAGUCUUCUUUGGAGUUCAGCAGCUCUCUGACCAGCUCCACACUGCCUCCUCCCCGAACCCGGAUCUUUAAGAUCAUAGUGAUCGGAGACUCCGGGGUGGGAAAAACCUGCCUGACAUACCGCUUCUGCGCCGGCAAGUUCCCGGACAAAACCGAGGCCACCAUCGGGGUGGACUUCCGAGAGAAGGUUAUCGAGAUCGACGGAGAAAAAAUCAAGGUCCAGCUGUGGGACACAGCUGGUCAGGAGCGUUUCCGUAAAAGCAUGGUGCAGCACUACUACAGAAACGUGCACGCCGUGGUGUUUGUGUACGACGUGACGAGCGCGGCGAGUUUCCGCAGCCUCCCGGCGUGGAUCGAGGAAUGCCGACAGUACGCGCUCGGCCACGAGGUGCCCCGGAUCCUUGUGGGCAACAAGUGCGACCUGCGCCACGCCGCUCAGGUGAGCACGGAAGUGGCGCAGCAGUUUGCCGACGCCCACUCCAUGCCUCUGUUUGAGACGUCUGCUAAGAGUCCGCAGGGAGGGAGCAACGACAGCGACCAUGUGGAGGCCAUCUUCAUGACGGUGGCGCACAAGCUGAAGUCACAGAAGCCACUGGUGCUUAGUCAGCCGGCCAACACGGUCACGCUGAGUGGGCGGGACCAGGAGGAGGAGCCACGUGGAAGCUGGGGCUGCAACUGCUGGAGGAGCUAGGGGGCGGAGCUAAAUCACUUUGAAUUUACUAUACAACUAAAAGGGAGACAAAGUAGAGUCACAGGUUUAAAGGAAUCUCCAAAGUGUUCGUGACGGUCAGAGGUUGCAGGACGGACGGACGGCUCGGUUAGGACUAGGGAUUAGAGGCUGAAUGAUGAAGUGCAUCCUAGGCGUGAUAGCGAUGCUACCCUCUGCAGUAUCUAUUCCUGAACUGAACCCUACACGUCUUCUGUGCUCCGUGGAAAUCUUGAGGGUGAAUCGCAAUUUCUGCUCAACAUUCAGACUUUUAAUGAGAGAUGGCAUAUAAAAAAUUAACGCUUAUUAGACGUAACAGAUUAAACUGAUACACGCAUGCAAACUCAAUACGAGGAAAAUUAGAUUAAGGUAAAUGGAUAAACACUUUAUCAGAAUGACUGAAGUAGGUGUUUGCCAGUAUUUUUUAUUUUAUUUUUUUUCUGUCUUUGUACUGUAAUCCUUGAGAUCACUGCACUAGGAAAAUAAAUAAAAAUAUGCUACUGCAAUACGCAAACGUUAAAAAAACCCGACGGUCACGUUCCAGUUUUUUUGUGGCUGGCACUCGUCAUUAAGCUAAGCUAAGAGCACCUCGUUUCGUAUUACUGUACCGUGGAUGUAAAUAACCAGAAAGGAGUUUGGCUUUCGGUGUUUUUUGUUUGGUUUUUUUGCUUGAAGAUAGGAAGAUAAACAACAGUUGCCUCUAAUAGUCAUAUCAUCGUAAUGCCUAAAACUGUGCCGAUGGUAUUGCCGCGUGUAGAAGCUGUGCAGUGCAGUAGAUCUCUAGAUUAAAUAUUCAAUUUCAUUCAUUAUAGACUAUAAUAAUAAUAAGGAGAAUUUGGGAUUUUUAUUAAUACAAAAUUUCCAGUGAGCCCUGUCGAGGCAUUGCAGCUACAUUAUUGGUGCCCUGUGUGAAUAAACACAUCACCUUAUACGAUAUAGUCAUGUUUAAUAGAACUCUGUUCUCACUGGUCAGCACUUCACCUGUGGACGAUCCUCUGUGGCUUAUUCUUAGGGGCUGAAAAUGCAAAAGUUAAAAGCUAUGCUACUUUCCUGGUGGGGCAAAAACAAAAACGCACGUCUUCUUCUGUACGCAAAAUUUCAAUACAGAAAUAUUGAUUCUCAUUGGCCAGCUUUGUUGUUUUAUAUUUCAACACCUCACUCUUGUGGUAUUCGCCAUCAUGGAAGAUUUUCUUGAUGUUCCUCAGCAUGGAUAUUGGGUUAGGGGCUGAUGCUAGGUGUAGUUACACUGUCAUUUGUAUGCCACUGGGCCCUUGAGAUGUUAAGUUCGUCCCUUAGGUCAUCUAAGAUUCUCGUUAGUGUCACGUAUACACCAUAAAAAAUAAGCGGAUGCUUGUAGUAUUUCCAAAGCUUUAGCAUCAUAACCAGCAGAUGAACUGAUAAGGUUCAGGGUCAAGGUCAAGGCCAAACAUUCAAAAGGCCUAGACUUCUUGGUACCAAAGCAUCUCUACCAAGUUCUACGUGUCAUUUACCAACAUGUCUGCAAGAAGGAUUUCUUGAGCAUGUUUCCACUGCCCAUAAAUGCACAGUAAUAUCUCAGUUGUAGCUAGUUUGUAGCUAGUAGGCAUUUUACCCUUGGAAGUAAAUAUGGACGCCAUCCAUAACCAUGCUAACGAUCUUGCUAGCAUUCAUGCAAAAGCCUAUGAGGAACAUCAACCUGGCCACUUUUUCCUUGAAAUUGUUGUUAAAAUGACCAAAAAGAGACUCUAGCUAUAUUUUAUGCUGUAAUUAUACUUCGUAUCACCUUCUAUACUGCCAUGUUGCAAACAAACAAAUAAACAAACAAACAAAACCACGAGCUGGAAAGACAGAGACGUCACAUGUACCACAAAAGUGAGCUGUUCAUAUCCAUAUACAAAGAAAUAUACGUAUAUAUUUGGAAGAUAUUGACCAUAACAAACGAUUUAUUCUGGGUUUAUAUUUCACACAGGAUUUUAACAAGAAUUCACAGCCAUUUAAUGUGCUUUUGUGCAUGGAAAUAGUUUUCAAGAGCGAAGAAAGCCAACGCUCGAGACGUAACCAUGGCAACAAACGCUAAAACGCUAGCUAGAGUAAAUUAAAAACAAAAGGACAUGACAGCUAGCUAUUUUCAUAUCAUUCAGUUACGAGUAAGUCAGAUAUAUACAAGUGUGUUUUCUUGAUUUAAAGAACUGAUGAAUAUAAAGCAAAUUCUAAACCCCGUGCGUCGUGUAUAUUUAACUCCACUUUCAGGCACAUGCCUGUAAAGAGUCGGCACAGGAUUUGUGCGCGCGUGUGUGUGUGUGUGUGUAUAUAAAACGCACCGGGUUUACUGUGUGUGCAUGGCGUGAUCAUAUUACUAGAGCAGCAGAAUAAAGUAUCAGCGUCUCACUCAGCCUGCAGUCUUUCAGGAUGACUAAGACAGCAAGUGUGUGUGUGUGUGUGUGUGUGUGUGUGUGUGUGUGCGCGCGUGUGUGUGUUGCCAAAUGAGGCCAACAUGAUGCACGCCUGCUUUCCAGAUCUGAAUCAUGGCUUGUUUUUUGCUUCCGUAGUCGCAUUUUUUUCCCUUCAGCUCAGUCUGUUCUGAAAAGCUGUCGGGGCCACAGCAGGUCCUGUGGUGUACACUUCAGAAAAACCCUCAGGCAUGGACUUUGUGUUUUUUGGGGAAUAAUUCUUUAGCUAUCAUGCUCUACUGUGAGUAAACAGCCAUCUCUCUCUCCCUCUCUGACUGCCAUGAUCAUCCAUUGAAAUGAUAUAAAGUAUGUGAGUGUGUUCAACAGGGGCAGUUUCAUGCAUUCAAAGCAUCGACAGCAAAAGUUUGCACACCCCCCUCAUGGGCAUUUGAGUGCUCUGUUUGACUAUUUAUCUACAAACAAUACAGACCUACCAAUCUACAUGCAUCUGCAUUUUAACAUCAGAGUACACUAAUAAGAGAUAUCAGUUAAAAAUGCGUUAAAACCCCAUCAUCAAAUCAAUCAACACGUGAAAGGAUUGAAUGACAGUAAUGUAGGCAUUGUAACUCACUGAUAUCAAUACAUACACACUCUUCCAUAAUCUCUUAUUAGUGAUGCUUUUCCCUGUGAUAUCAUUUCCACUCAAAAUUUUCCUCCAAUUCCAAUUAAAAGAUGGAUUCGAAGUAAACGGAGAAAUCCUUAGAGUUCAAGAGUAAGCUUUAGGCAUAUUCAUAGACAAGCAUGUCUUGAACUGUAUUGAUGUUCAUAAAGCAGUAUCUGAAAAUCAGUCAAACAAACAGCGCUUUUGUUUUGCAGGAAAUGAGUGAAGAAAAGCAGACCAUUUUGAUCGAAAAUGGUCAAACAGGCUUAUAGUAACACUUUUACAAAUAAUUUUAAUAGUAAUGAUAUAAAGAAGAUUUUCAGUUCGAACAUCAGAUGCGUGUGUGUGUGUGUUUUUUUUUUCCUUCUUAGUCCUGAUACACUACAUUGCCAAAAGUUUUGGGACACCCCUACAAAUCAUUGAAUUCAGGGGUUGGGCUCGGCCCCUUAGUUCCAGUGAAAGGAACUCUUAAUGCAGACGUCCCAGUUUCAGUCUCAAAAGGGGUUCUAUCAGGUUGAGGUCAGGCCAGUCAAGUUCCUCCACACCAAAUGUCUUUAUGGACCUUGCUUUGUGCACUGGUGUUGGGAGCAUGAAAUUCCAAAAAUGUCUUGGUAUGAAGCUGAAGCAUUAAGAGUUCCCUUCACUGGAACUAAGGGGCCGAGCCCAACCCCUGAAAAACAACACCUGAAUUCAAUGUAUUUGGAGGGGUGUCCCAAAACAUUUGGCCUUUUUAACACCUGUAAGCAUCUAAAAGCUGAAAUCUGGUUAAAAAAGUUGAAUAACUGAUAUAUAGAUUUGUUUCACUGUUUAUAGAUUAACAUGCACUAUUUUUAUUAGAGUAAAACCUGAUACUCUUUAAGUUUCCUUUAGGGGUGUGUAAACUUUUGGACUCAAUAAAAAACAAAACAAACAAAGCCCUGAUCUCUUGCAGUGAAGACAAUCUUUCCGCUGCGGUGCUUUGGACAGACCGGGUUGUGCGUUUUAUGUUUUGCCAAUAGUUGUUUUGUCACUUUGUGUAUUGCUUUGAUUUAAUAUAAUUUCUGUGCCUAAAAAAAAGGAAACCAGGCCUCUCACAUCCUCUGGGAUGAUUUUGUUUCUCAGGAUGUUUAUAACAGAUUUAUGUUUCGUCCUCGAUAAUGUUUUCCGAUCAGCCAAAAGCCUACACACAUCGUUAAUGUCAAUGCCUGUGCAUCGUCUGUCAAACGCAUCCGGAGAUCGCUGUUGUGUCCUGGUUUUGUGUCUGAUUACUGCCAUGGGACAAACCGAGAGAGUGAAGUCUGUCACUGGGUUUGUGUGUUGCAAACUUUGUUUCAUGGAAAAAUCGCUUGUAUUGUAUUUUUUUUUUUUUUUAAGAUGGAAUAAAGCGCUCUCCAUUUC